AGUGAAGGAGGCUGGAGGCGGAAAACCUGAAAGGUGUGCAGCAUUGUGUGUGUGUGUGCGUGUUUUUACCCUGUCUCUAACCACCCUCUCUGGUAACCUUUUGCUGCUGGGAUAAAAACUGAAUCCGAUCCACGGCAGGGUCUCAGUCGUCCCUGCAAGGAAGCACAUGGGCGUCGCCCUUCCCCUGAUUUCUGAGCUGCAAGUGCCCGCCCCUCCACCUUACCCACUCUUUUCCCAGACUCCUCCCUCACCAGACCUGGUCUCCUCUGUCCCCGGCAGAAACGCGAUGAGUAGCCACGGCAACAGUCUGUUCCUGAGGGAGAGCGGCCAGCGCCUGGGUGGUGUGGGCUGUCUGCAGGGCCUGCAGGACAGUCUGCAUCAGAGAGCACUGCGCACGCGCCUGCGUCUGCAGACCAUGACCCGAGAGCACGUGCGGCGCUUUCUGCGCAGAAAUGCCUUCAUCUUGCUCACAGUCAGCGCUGUGAUCAUUGGGGUCAGCCUAGCAUUCGCCUUGCGUCCAUACCAGCUUUCCUACCGCCAGAUCAAGUACUUCUCUUUUCCUGGUGAGCUGCUCAUGAGGAUGCUGCAGAUGCUGGUGCUCCCCCUCAUCGUCUCCAGCCUUGUCACAGGUAUGGCAUCCCUGGACAACAAGGCAACAGGGCGGAUGGGAAUGCGGGCAGCUGUAUACUACAUGGUGACCACAGUCAUUGCGGUUUUCAUCGGGAUCCUAAUGGUCACCAUCAUCCACCCUGGGAAAGGCUCCAAGGAGGGGCUGCACCGUGAGGGCCGAAUUGAGACUGUCCCAACAGCUGAUGCUUUCAUGGACCUGGUCAGAAAUAUGUUUCCACCUAACCUUGUGGAGGCCUGCUUCAAACAGUUUAAGACGCAGUACAGCACCCGAGUGGUAACCAGGACUAUUGUAAGGACAGAGAAUGGGUCAGAGCUGGGAGCCUCUAUGUCUCCCCCAUCCUCAGUGGAGAAUGAAACCAGCAUCCUGGAAAACGUCACCCGGGCCUUGGGCACCCUGCAGGAGGUGAUAAGCUUCGAGGAGACUGUUCCUGUGCCUGGUUCAGCCAAUGGCAUCAAUGCCUUGGGCCUUGUGGUCUUCUCUGUGGCCUUCGGGCUGGUCAUUGGUGGCAUGAAGCACAAAGGCCGUGUCCUGAGGGACUUCUUUGACAGCCUCAAUGAGGCUAUUAUGAGGCUGGUGGGCAUCAUCAUCUGGUAUGCACCUGUGGGCAUCCUGUUCCUGAUUGCUGGGAAGAUUCUGGAAAUGGAAGACAUGGCUGUCCUUGGAGGUCAGCUGGGCAUGUAUACUCUGACUGUCAUCGUUGGCUUGUUCCUCCAUGCUGGUGGUGUUUUGCCCCUCAUCUACUUUCUCGUCACCCAUCGGAACCCCUUCCCAUUCAUUGGGGGCAUGCUACAGGCCCUCAUCACAGCCAUGGGUACCUCUUCCAGCUCUGCAACCCUGCCUAUCACUUUCCGAUGCCUGGAGGAGGGCCUGGGUGUGGACCGCCGCAUCACCAGGUUCGUGCUACCUGUGGGGGCCACUGUCAACAUGGAUGGCACUGCACUCUACGAGGCCUUGGCAGCCAUCUUUAUUGCUCAAGUCAACAACUAUGAGCUCAACCUGGGCCAGAUCACCACAAUCAGCAUCACAGCCACAGCUGCCAGUGUAGGAGCAGCUGGCAUUCCCCAGGCAGGACUGGUCACCAUGGUGAUUGUGCUCACGUCCGUCGGCCUGCCCACAGAGGACAUCACGCUGAUCAUAGCUGUGGAUUGGUUCCUUGACCGGCUGCGUACGAUGACCAAUGUACUGGGAGACUCAAUUGGAGCGGCCGUCAUUGAGCAUUUGUCCCAACGGGAGCUGGAGCUGCAGGAGGCUGAGCUGACCCUUCCCAGCCUGGGGAAGCCCUACAAGUCACUCAUGGCACAAGAAAAGGGGGCAUCAAGGGGUCGGGGAGGUAAUGAGAGUGUCAUGUGAGAAACUUCCAGCUCCAUCCAGGGAGGAGGGAAGGGACUGGGAGGGGGGUCCUGGGGACAAUUUGUUACCUAACUGACUGUGGGCUGAACAUACAUGUUCUGUGUGGUUUCUCUGGGGGCUGCUGAGAUAAAAGAGAAGGAAUGAAAGGUCUCCAAGGUGUACUCAUCACUGUGGCAUUUGUGUGCUUCAAAUACAAGAACAACCUAAGGGAGGGAAGAAUUACUUGGGCUAUGGUUCUAAAGGGCUUUAGUUCUCUAUAG